AUGGACUCUCCUGCUUGGAUGUUCACAAAGGCUUUGUCACAUCGACAAAAGGUGUGCCGUCUUUACAAAAGAGCUCUGCGCGAAAUAGACAGCUGGUAUGGCGGUGACAAUCUGGAGGUGCGUUACCAGAAGGUGAUCAUGCGCGCUAGAUUUGAUGCAAACAAGGACGAAAAGGACACUCGUAAAAGUCAAUAUCUCUUGGCGGACGGCUGUCGGCAGUUGUGGGAGAAAAAGCACUACAAACCUGUCCGAUUCGCAGCGGACCCUGGAGGUAAUAGCUACGAUCGCGACCGCGAAUCUUCAGAUGUGAUCCUUGAUUCUGACCAGUGGACGCUUGCUGAACGAGAGCAGUUCCCAUAUUACUUCAACAGGCGUGAGCAGAGGAAGAAGGAACUUCUCAUCCACUGGUCAAAGAUUGAGAAAGCAUGGGACGAUGAACUUGCAGCUAUCCAAACGACCCUUCCAAAGGAAAAAUCUACAACGAAAAGUCUGUAG